UGCGCCGCCGCGGGACGGCUGUGCCUGAUUGGACGACGCGUGCCAGGGGGCGGGGAGCGCUGGGGGUCCGGUUUUGGGCGGGAAUUGAAACCGCCGCUCCUGCCAACGAGAACUGGAGAGCUGGGGAUUUUGAGCGUUGAAGGCGACCAUGGUUCGGCCUGCGAGACAUAAGAAAUCAAUCAAUUACUCACAGUUUGAAAACUCCGACAGUGAUGAUGAUUUUGUUUCUGCAACUGUACCUUUAAGUAAGAAGUCCAGAACAAUAUCAAAGGAGUUGAAACACAAUAAACCAAAACCUAAUGUGAAGACUCUCCUGAAAGAAAACAUCAUACCACAAGAAAAAACACCUAAAAAAAGGCUGGCUUUAGACGACAAGCUCUACCAGAGAGACUUAGAAGUCGCACUGGCUUUAUCAGUGAAGGAACCCCCCACAGCCACUGUGGAUGUGCAGAAGUCUCAAGAUGAAAGCAUUGAGAAACAUGGCAGUGGCGAGACAGAAACGAUGAGUAAAUCUGUCCGUAUCUCUAACUGCAGUGUGGCCAGUGAUCACUUAGAUCUGGAUAAGAUUACUGAGGAGGAGGAUAUUCAUGAUGUUCACAGGAAAAGAAAAGCAGCAUCCAAAGCUGUGGUCCAACAGAGGAAGAUUCUUUUGGAAGGCAGUGAUGCCGAUAGUCCUGAUGACUCUGAGCCAGACUUCGCAACUGGUGAGGAUUCCGAGGAUGAUUCUGAUUUUGGUGAGAGUGAAGAUGAUGAUGAAGACCUCACUAUGAGAAAAAGCAAAGUUAAAGAAAUUAAAGAAAUUAAAAAGAGGGAAGUGAAGGUAAAACCCCCAGUAGACAAGAAAGAAAAGAAAUCUCAAUCCAGACGUAAUACUUUGGUGGACUCUGCUCCUGAUGCCAUCAGACCACAAUCUCAGUCUUCACCAAAAAAGGCUCCCCUUUCUUCAGAGGCCACCAAGAAGCCAUUACAACUGUGCAGCCCUCCAGCUGAGAGUAAGAGACCUAAGUGGGUCCCACCAGCGGCAUCUGGAAGCAGCAGCAGCAGCAGUAGCCCGCUGGCUGGGAUGUCUGUAAAGUCUCCAAAUCAGAGUCUCCGCCUUGGCUUGUCCAGAUUAGCACGAGUUAAACCUUUGCAUCCAAACGCCUCUAGUGGCUGAGUGUGGUAGCAAAGAAAUGUCCCAAAGGGUCGGUUUUGCAAGUGUGUUUAUAAUUGCUCGAGUUUAUAUUCGAGGUCAUUGUAAUAUAAACGGAAUCCUUUAACAUGUUAUGUGAAUGGUCUGUGCCCAUUUUGUAAUUACGCUCUCUGAAAUGCUAUACAAGACUCUGGUAAGAGGUUUGUUUGUAAGAAUUGCCUUCUCACCGUUUCCUUCUGCAGUGCAUAUCCUGUCUGCCUCUGUAUAAUAAGUCAUUGUCGUCGAUGGCUAUCAGUUUGACGUGAAGGUCCUAGCGCACACACACUGCUCUUCUCCAGUGGGAUAUACUCCUCUCCAGCUUGUCAGCUUUCUGGCACCUUCACUUGAACUGCUCAGAACUCAGCUGGCAAAGGCGAGCGUUCCCAUUUGUUUCAGGACAGUCUUCGGAAGCCUAUAAGCUACGUAAGCUGUGCUGUCUGUUUCAUUGCAAAGAUGCUUUGACUUUAGCCGAGUGUUCUUACAGUGAGAACUCAGAAGGCCUGUACACGUUGAAGUGGCUGCUGUACUGUGGCCCGUGUCUCCUGCUUGGGGAUAGAUGGUUACUCUGUAGCUAGUAGACUGUAAUGGCAUUUUAUAUUCUUCCUUGUCAAAAGCCUUAAUAAAAGUAAGAGUGUUGAGAUGCUCUUCUCCUUGCUACCACCGCACGCACCUGUCUUAGUGUCUGCAUUUCACGAUAAAAUGAGAACUUGGCAGAGGAUCGUAGCCUUUCUUAUUGUAAAUGUGAAAGAAGGGGAUGCUGUUUCUGGGAGUAAUCACUUUAUGUUAAGCCAGUACUUUAAAGAGCAGUUAAGUACUCUGACCUCCCUGUAUAAUAUUAGAGAGCAUAGCUUUUCAGGAAGUUUAGAUUUGAAUUUAUUGUGAUUAAAAAUGUAGAGAAUAUAUUUAUGGUAAGAAUUUUCAGCCAGCUCCUGAUGACUUUUUAAAAAAAUAACUUCAAAUCAUGUUAAUCAUUAAAAUAUAUAUAAUACUUAGCUCAGUUCUUGGUUAAUAGGAACAUCUCUGUUAAUGUGAAAGUAAGUAACUUAGAAUUAUGAUUAA